AUGCGCCCUGCAAAUCCUCAUCUUAAAAAGCGACCCAACGGCAAGGUAGACUAUGUGAGCGAGCACAGGCGAGAUCGCGCAGGAAAAGAAGAGACACCGAGAGGACAGGAGACUGGCCCCAAGAUGGCUGCCCUCUCAGAGGCCGAGGAUGCAUACGCAGCCGACGUCGAGGGCAAGGCGAGCACUCCCAAAUCUCGGCGCCAGCGCGGCAUGAAGAAUCGAGAAUUCGGCCUGUAUGCGAGUCGGCUGCGACACCGGCCCCAGGCGAAACGAGAGUCCGCUGCCUCAGAAUCGGCUGCUGGCUGGCCCCCUCAAACGCAACACCAGACCAACGACGACCAGGGUCGCCUCGGUUUUUACCAGGGCAGUGCAGCAGGCCUUGCAAACCGCCAGCAUCUUGACCCCGACCCCUACCUCGACGACUACCACCACUACACAGCAGACUCUGCGCCGCAAUUACCGCCUCUUCCCAUUUCGCCCAUAUCCCCCCGAUGGGCCUCGCUUGCCAACGGCCACACAAUCCCCUUUGACCAGGCGACUGCGUCUCCCAGUCCGCCAAUUGCCUCUGCUUCAUUCGAGUCACGAUCGCGCGCGACGUCGACCUCGUCUUCUUCCAAGUUCCCGGGCCUCUCCUCGCAUCCCGUCACCCCGAGCCUGGUCCAGUACGCCUCCUCCGACCGCUCCUCCUAUUCCCAAAAGACCUUCUCCCCUCUGGACGGACGAGAUGAGACCCCGUCCACAGUGACGACCUCCUCCACCCCUACCUCUCCGACUUUCUACCGGCCCGACAGUCGGCAGGCUGGCGAAGCUGUGCAGGUCGACAACUUCUCCCGCCCCCGGAAGCCCAGCAUGAGGCAGCAACAGUAUGUCGAGACUCCGGUGCGAUUCCGCCAGCCCGAUACGUUUCACGUAGACGGCAAGGCGCCGCCGCCGGCGAUACAGUAUUCGCAUUGGCCGCGAGAACGAGCCAGGGGCUUGUCCAUUUCGUCUAGCAAAUCUACCUCCACCACCCACAGCUCUCUCCCUCGCCAACGGUCAAACGACCAUCUGCGAGGCAACCGCCCCCCAGCGCCAGCUGGGAUUAUCUCACCUGGGCUGCCACGACCUCCGGCAGCCUACAGCCGAGCAGACCACCAUCCGGGCAAUCCAGAUCAUGGCAACCGUGGCGGUCACGGCGGUCACGCCGGCCACAGCGGCCAUAGCGGCCACAGCGGCCACAAUGGCCAUCUUCAAACCCGUGAAGCAGCACCUUGGAUGGUCGAUGACGAGCUCCGUUCCAGCUAUCGCUCCCAAUGGACCUCUUCGACGGCGCAUGCAACGCUAUUUACGGCCAGCGGGACGGAGCGAAGCAGUGUACUCACCAAGACGAGCUCGCGAACUUCCUAUUCACUUUGGGGGGCUGGCGGCGCAGCUGCAGAUGAGGGUUUGGGGGUGGAUGAUGUCCUCGGCAUGUAUGAAAAAGGGUUUGCCGACUCCACUGGAGCAGAGGACAAUGAUUUUGAUGGACAUGAUGACGGUUAUGAAACAAAGGACGACAUGACACGCGACCCAGAGCAGGCCCGUCCGGACACCCGGCAUGGCGAGGGCGACCGGCUCGAAAACAGAAUAUUAGAGGCCAUGAAUGAGCCUCUACCAGCACCGGUUCCGGUACCGCCUCGAGGCCCUGGCUUGUCGCAGGAGGAUCCUUACAUGCUGCGCGACUCGGGUGCUUUUUUCCGCAACUCCGGACUACCGUCGUCUUUGCCGAAGGACAUAGGCCUCAACCUAGCCACCAGGCAUAUGGAGAAGUCAUACCAGGCGGAGAGCGACCCGAGUGAGAAGCAUGACUCUGGAAAGGUGCUUGAUGACGAUGAGCCCUCUGUCGCCCGAGAGAGUAGCACUCGAUCCGCGCGAACUACACCGUCACCGCCUCCUGCCGAGACCACGGAACAAGAUGGCUCCAAUGCACCCGCAGCAUCCCAAGACAAGAGCACCGAACGAGGUCUGGAAGUUCCCAGUGUGCCACCACCGCCCCCUCCGCAUUCACCUACGCUUUAUGCAGCAACCGAAGAAGAGGACCCGUCUGCAAGGGACCGAUAUGGCUUCCGAAAGCAUAACCAAUAUGUCAGUCGCGCCCAGUACGACGAGUGGAACAGGAUCUACACCGAGUACCUUGCGAGGCGGCGGAAGAAGUGGGUGAUGUACUUGAAGGACAGUGGAUUGAUGACGGACAAUCCCAAUCGCUUCCCACCUCCAUCCGCCAAGACGAAACGCUUCAUCCGCAAGGGCAUCCCGCCGGACUGGCGCGGCGCGGCUUGGUUCUACUAUGCUGGAGGGCCUGGCAUCCUUGCCAAGCACCCUGGCGCUUACGACAAGCUACUGAAGAGGGUGGGCAAAGGCGAGGUCAAGGAGGUGGACGUCGAGGCCAUCGAGCGCGACCUGCACCGGACCUUCCCAGACAACCUCAAGUUCAAGUUUGCAGCAGGCCAGCCGGGCAACGGUGACGCAAUAAGUGAGCACACGAGGGUCGAGGAACCCGCGAUUGUGUCAUCGCUACGGCGAGUCUUGCUUGCCUUUUCUCUUUACAACCCCCAGAUUGGGUACUGCCAGAGCCUGAACUUCCUCGCCGGCCUGCUCCUACUGUUUGUCGAGACGGAAGAGCAAUGCUUUUGGCUGCUUAAUGUCAUCACCCGCGUCUACCUGCCCGGCACGCACGAGAUGUCCCUCGAGGGCUCCAAGGUCGACCUCAGCGUCCUCAUGUCCACGCUCAAGGACUCGAUGCCCAACGUGUGGACCAAGGUCGCCGGCGAGAUGGACGACCCGAACGGAGGGUCCGUCCCGCCCACGCCCACGACGCCCAAGUACGGCACCCUGGGCCGCAAGGCCCGACGGCCCAGGGGCCUCAUGACCCGGUCGGCGACCUCGUCGGGCGCGGUGGCGUCAUCGGUGGACCGGCUCCCGCCGAUCACGCUGUGCAUGACGGCCUGGUUCAUGUCGUGCUACAUCGGCACGCUGCCGAUCGAGACGACGCUGCGCGUCUGGGACGUCUUCUUCUACGAGGGCAGCAAGACGCUCUUCCGCGUGGCGCUGGGCGUCUUCAAGCUCGGCGAGCAGGAGAUCCGGGCCGUGCAGGACCCGAUGGAGAUGUUUGGCGUCGUGCAGGCCAUCCCGCGGCGGCUCGUCGACUGCAACCGCGUCAUGGAGACGACGUUCAAGAAGAGGGGCGGGUUCGGCGACCUCACGCAGGAGUCGAUCGAGGAGCGGAGGCGGGAGGGCAGGACGGCGCUCAAGGAGUCGCGGCGGGCGGCGGCCGCGGCGGCCGCGGCGGCUGGCGACCAGGCCGGGGCGUCGCUGGCUCCCAUCUCCCGGCCGGACAACACGGGCGACAUCACGGACGUCGAGGGCGCCAUGGAGAUCCGGAGGAAGGGAACGCUGUUUGGCCGCAGGAGGGCGAGAGCUGCCGAGGCUGUGUGA